AUAGGUCGUUGUCGACAAUUAAUAGCUACGUAUAUAUAGCAAUUGUUGUGAGUCGGCGCUGUACGGCUUGAAAUAGACAUUGCCUUACCCGCGUGUGUUGAUCAUGAUUGCGGCCUUAUUGUUAUCGCUUAUUGUCGGGGCUCUUGCCGAGCCAUCCGUGCAUGUAGUGCCGCAUGCUAAGCAGGCUGUCCAUGAGGUAGCACAUGACGUGCACAGGCAUGUUGGUCUUAUCCACCAAGUUCCGGUCGUCCAGAAAGAGGUCAAAGUUAUACGCAACGAGAUACCAAGAAUUGUCACAAGACCAAAAAUUAUCAGAAAGACCAAAGUUCAUGUACAGAAAUACAUUUAUGACAAACCAUUCAUCAGGAAGCACACAAUUAUCAAGCCAGUUGAAGUUGUUAAGAAAUUCGAUGUACACAAAACAGUCGAUGUCCCAACUCCAAUCCACAAAGUCAGAACAGUCGUCAGACCAGUACAUGUUGAUCAACCGUACCCAAAAAUUGUUAUCAAAAAGAAGACUGUUUUCAAAGAAAAUAAAAUAUUCAGACCCAAACCAGUGUUCGAGGAAAGAGUCACAAUUAAGAAACAGCCCGUCCCAGUGCCAAUUACUGAGCAUGUGUUCAAGAACGUUCCACAACCCAGACUGGUCGUCAAAAAGAUCCCAGUAGACAUCUUCAAACACAUCCACAGGGUCAGGAAAGAGCCCGUCGCAGUUGCAAAUGUAAAGACUGUUGGAGUUGAAUUUCCCGUUAUUGAUAGGAAGAAAAUCCACGUCCCCGUUGCUAAGGCCCACGGUGGUUAUGAUGGCGAUGGUGACUAUACUAAAAAAUAAAAGACUCAACUGAGCAAGACACAGUCAAGUGUGACUAUGAAAAAUGGAUUGGAUUUCUGUUACAUAUGUUGCCUUAUAAAAAAUGUACAUACAUAAACCAUCGGUGCUGUAAUGAUUAUCAUCUCCCGGGCGUCUGUAUAAAUAGAUAUAUAUUUUUAAAACCA